AGUUCCACUUCCACUUAAAUGUGGCAUAAAGCAGUUUUUAAAGAAGUCCCCAAACUAUAGUGUGGAACCAUGGACACAGCUCAUGAGCUGGACUCUGGAGUCACUAAGGAAUAUGUGAACAUGCCUGUCUUCAGGACUGUGGUGGUGAAGAGAGAAUUUGGAGGAAAGCUAUUGAAGUGUGUUGUUGUGGGCUUUGGACUGCUGUGUAUUCUACAAGCCACUCUCAACAUCUCACUGCGUCUCUACUCUCAGACACCUAAGACAGACGAGAGAGAGAAAUUCAGGAAUUUAAUGGGUGAAUACAUACAACAGGGCUGGCUGUAUUUCAACAACACUUUCUACUUCAUGUCUUCUACUAUGAAAUCCUGGAAGGACAGUAGAGAUGACUGCCUGCAAAGAAAUGCGGACCUGGUGGUUAUCAACAGCAGAGAAGAACAGGAGUUUAUUUCAAGAUGGCUUGAUAGGCCCUGGAUUGGACUGAGAGGCACAGAGGGAAACUGGGCAUGGGUGGAUGGUACAAACAUUACUUUAAGUUUCAGUUACUGGGCAGUCGGUGAACCCAACCAUCUUAUUGCAGGUGAAGACUGCGUAGCCUGGCACAACAAUUGGAUUGAUGUGUCGUGUUAUGAUUUAAACCUCUGGAUCUGUGAGACGAAGACACGAACAGAGCUUUUGACUACGUUUGGUCUUUGGCCACUUGGCUGGCGGCGUUUCGGCAACAGUUUUUACCUUUUUUCUGAUACCAAGAAGAACUGGGAGGACAGUAGAAAUGACUGUAAGCAAAGAGGCGCCGACCUGGUGGUCAUCAACAGUGACGAAGAACAGGAGUUCACUUCAUCAAUAGGAAAACACUGGAUUGGACUGAGUGACAGGGAAACAGAGGGGGAAUGGAAAUGGGUUGAUGGGUCAGGCCUAACUUUUCGGAACUGGGGAGCAGAUGAACCAAACGGGGUCGAUGGAGUGGAAGAGUGUGCAGAACUACGUUGGAGGACGCCGCCCAACUUGUGGAAUGAUGCCUUGUGUAAAAGAACAAACUUCUGGAUCUGUGAGAAGGUCGCUGGUAUGGAGCCUCAGGAAGGGGACCUGUACCCAGAUGAUAAAAAUGAUGGCCAUUCUUGGGGAUCCUUGGUUCCUAUGACCGUCUUCCUAUCUGUCGUGGCCAUGCUCAUCAUCUGAAAGAUGAAGAGAGAGACCUGGCUCUUGGAACCGAUCCAUGACCGGUCUCUGGCUCCAUGGGCCCCAUCCCCUCAUUCUCUGGUUUGGUCCCCGUGCCUUGCUCCCCUGAGGUCCACAACGCUGGCUUUUACUCUCCAACCAUCCUUCACCCAGGCUUCGUUUGUUGACCUUGUUGUUUCAAGUUCAAGUUUAUUAUAGCCAUUUCAACAGUAUAUAAAAUACAGUUGAUAGGAAUUUGUUUUGGUGUGCUCACAUGUAUUACACAGCAACAUAACAACACAACAUUACAAUUAACAAUAACACAUGCACCUUCUGGACUACUGUUUAAUGCGUUUGGUAUCUAGAAGUUGUUUUGAUUUUAACAUUUUGUUACUGUUAUUUUAAUGAUAUUAAACAAUGUUAAUGUCAAUCUAACAAUGUUAAUGUCUCCAGACGCAUUCGCAUUGUUUCUUUCCUACUUCUUGGCGGGUAUCUGUGUACAACGUAUGUGUGCCUGAGGUAGUGAGAUGCUAUUAACGAUACAGUAGGGUAGAUUACAUUACAUACAGACUCUGUUUCUACCUCGUGCUCUCCCUCUCGCCUAAUAAUUCACAAUCAAACAUUAAGUGUAAUAGAUAAAAAAAACGUGAAGCACUCAUUGAUAGGAGGGUAAUCAGAUUAUUUGCAAAAGUUAUUAAAAUAUUGCUAACUAUU